ACGUCACAUUGGAAUCCGACGUAUGACUUCACGAAUCAGCGUGAGAACCCCGUGUAUCCAUGACUACGCUCUGUAAAAAAAAACAUUUAGCAGCGUUUCUUGCAGCACAGAUUACUGUCUCUCAGGUACAACAGAAAACGUUUUUAAACUUUUCAGCUAUUUUAACGAUAGUCAGAAUUGUAAACAGCCAGUUUAAGUUUGCAGCUUACUGAUCACUUUCCUCCAGUCCGGUGGAUUUAAACCAUUUUUAAAAUGGAUAGCGGAGACGGUGAGAUCAACGGCGCUAACCAAAAUGUGCAGCUAAGAUUUCGCCCGCUGCUCCAUUUAGUGGAGCGCUUUGAACAUUACGCUGCAGUAGGUCCAGAGAUGAGUUUGCUCCGGGAUACUAUCAUGCGUGGGUUGUUCAAUGAGUUCAGCCUGGAAACUGCGAUUGAAAUUUUUUAUAAUACUCUGGGGCUUGGGAAUAUUGACGAUAUUGCACGAGUGGACCUAGCUCUGCAAGCAGCUGGCAUAGGAUUAAAUCCAGCAGUAGGAGCAGAAGGUCCUUGGGAUAAUGAAGCACUACCUGCUCCAGCAGCUGACAUGGAAAACAACCUGGCCGGUUUAGCUGAAGAUCACUGGGACCAUCAAGGUCUUCAUCUACCGGCAGUAAAUGUGGACAUUAAUCUGCCCCGGGAAGAAGAUCAGUUUGCUGAUGACAUGUGGUGGGUCUGGGAAAGUGACAUUGAUUCUGGUGCUGAAAAUGAAAGCGACCUUGAAAGCGAAUCUGAGGAUGAGGUCCCAGAGUUAAUACCUGUCAUCCCAGAACCUCAAGAAUCCGGGAGCCCUCCAAGAGAGAGAGCUGAUGAAAGCGAUCUCUUUGGCUCCAGGAGGCGCCAAAGAGAGGAAAAUAAUAAUGGCGAGAGUAAUGAGAUGAACAGGAAGCGAUUGAGGUUCCUCGAGUCAGGCAACGAACCGUCAGACACCACCUCCGAAAGUGAGGAUAAUGAAAAUGAAGACACGGUGUCAUCACCCUCUACUUCAGCUGACACAGAAGCAGGACAGAAGAAGAGAAAACGGGAUGAUGAUGAUGAGGACAAUGGAAGAGACAAAAAAAUGUGUAAAAAGUAACAAAAUUGUGCUGCUGGACCCUCAGGAUUGACCCCCCGACCCCUCUCACCCUCCUAUGUGGUGUGUUUGUGUGUGUGCACCAUCAGAGACUGUGACUUUGAGAAUCUGGAAGUGCCUGGUGGCAUCUUUAUCUGUCCUCCUUGUUGUUUACAAGGAGAGUUAUUUAUAAACUCUGUUCCUCAAAAGCUGGCAACAUUAGAGACUGCUACUCACUCCAGGGCUUCCCCAGAGGCUGGGUUACAACCCUCAGCUAACUCUGGACCCCUGGAGGCCAAGAUGCCAGCUAGGGACUGCACCCGGCUGUCACUGCCUGAGCAGGGUCAGUGCUCUGCGCAGCUGCAGCCCUCUUUAUGUGUGCCAGAGGCCCACGAGCCUGCUGGUUUUGUUUUGUGUGUGCCAGGGGCGCCCAUGCCUACUGGUUUUGAGCCUGUUUUUGCUGGGGGACCGAGGAGCCCGUCCAGCCUGCGCCGUCAUCAGCAGCUUCCGCUGAGGGGUCUCAGAAACCGCUUCAGCCUGCUGCUUUCGCUGGGGGGACCGAGGAGCCCGUCCAGCUAUCACCAUCGCCUGCAGUGCCACCACCUGCGGCUCCCACGCCGCCGCCUGCAGCGCCUCCGUCUCCGGCUUCCGCGCCGCCGCCUGCAGCGACAUCCUCGUCUG